CGAACAUUUCUCGACCUUGGACUCAGAGCCCAGCAACACCAAACUCAUCUCACCGCCCCAUAGACCGCAACCGGCACUCGAUCGCACGCACCACACACCCGUAACGACCCCUCCACAAUUCAGAAAUGUCCACACAACAAUACGGCGGCUACAACGCCAACACCUCCGAGGCGCAACAGCAGGUCGACCUCAACGCCCGCACAGUCCACUACAAGUGCGGCGACUGCGACCAGGACGUUCCGCUCAAGCGCGGUGAGCCCAUUCGCUGCAGACAGUGUGGCCACCGCGUGUUGUACAAGCAGAGGACGAACCGCAUGGUCCAGUUCGAGGCACGCUGAGCCUGGUAUGCCCACUAUGGCUACGACAGAUGAGAAGAACAAGCUGCGACAAGAGGCUUUGAAAUCGAGGAAACGCGAAGACGGGCUCGGCGGACCUGAGUCUUGCGCGCGAGCGUGGAGUAACUGGUGAUUUGGGAAAAGAUUUGCAUUUACACUGCAUGUGGUGAGAGACCGACAUGCGCGAGCUGUGCGCAGAGCGAUGGCUGGAUUGAACUAUGAUCAUCAAAAAUAUCACAAAGCUCAAUAAGCGCAAAGCGCAGUUUCACAGUUUGAUUUCCCUCUCAACUCCUGUCCCAAAAGCUAGUCUGAUGCUUCUCGAGAAACACCCGUGACCGAAAUGCUGUCACCAGACACUCGAAGGACAGACCCGCCCACUGCAGCUUAGGCCUACUUGUGACACCA